CGAAAAACUCCGGUUCUUUAUUCAUCACAAGACACUCCGCCUGCGUCUCAGUCACACAGUUCUAAUAAUUCCGACGGUGCGCAAAGGCAGCAUCAGCGAGUCGCUCAGAGAACAACAAACCAGCGGGAACAAACAAAAACAUAAACAAAUAUGAAACGACUGGGAAAUGUAUUUACAGCGUGCCUCGGGACGUUCGCUCUUCUGCUCUGCCUGUAUUCAGUGGAAGGUGAAUACUGUAAAGUCAACCUUUGCCACAAUGGAGGAACGUGUGUGACGGGCGUCGGAGAGGAUCCCUUCAUCUGCAUCUGUGCAGACGGCUUCGGCGGAGACACCUGCAACCUGACGGAGAUAGGACCCUGCAAUCCUAACCCCUGUAAGAAUGACGGGUCCUGCGAGGUCAUCUCUCCGACCAGACGGGGAGACGUUUUCAAUGAGUACAUCUGCAGGUGCCAGCCGGGCUUCGAGGGGAUGCACUGUCAGAUCAACGAGAAUGACUGUGCCAAACAGCCCUGUAAGAACGGAGGGAGCUGUCGAGACCUUGACGGAGACUACGCCUGCCAGUGUCCUUCACCAUAUGUCGGCAAGCAGUGCCAGCUACGCUGCAUUUCUCUGCUGGGGAUGGAGGGAGGAGCCAUCGUGGAGUCACAGAUUUCCGCCUCCUCGGUGCACUACGGCAUUAUGGGACUUCAGCGCUGGGGCCCUGAGCUGGCUCGACUCAACAAUCAAGGUGUGGUGAACGCCUGGACGUCCGCCACCCACGACAGGAACCCCUGGAUCGAGAUCAACAUGCAGAAGAAGAUGCGUCUGACCGGCAUCAUCACUCAGGGCGCCAGUCGCAUGGGCACGGCUGAGUAUAUCAAGGCCUUCAAGGUGGCCAGCAGCUUCGAUGGAAACAAUUACGUCACUUACAAAGCAGACGGCCAACGCAGGGACAAGGUGUUUGUGGGAAAUGCAGAUAACGACAGCACGAAGACGAACCUCUUUGACCCUCCCAUCAUUGCCCAGUACAUCCGCAUCAUCCCCGUGGUGUGCCGCAAAGCCUGCACGCUGCGCAUGGAGCUGGUGGGCUGUGAGCUCAACGUGUAUUCAAACACGGCAGGUUGCUCUGAGCCCCUGGGGAUGAAGUCUCGGCUCAUCUCGGACGCGCAGCUCUCAGCCUCUAGCACUUACCGCACGUGGGGCAUUGACACGUUCACGUGGCACCCUCAGUUCGCCCGACUGGAUAAGGCGGGAAAGACAAACGCCUGGUCCCCCGCACACAACAACCGCUCCGAGUGGAUCCAGGUUGACUUAGAGAAGACGAAGCGACUCACUGGCAUCAUUACCCAGGGGGCGAAGGACUUUGGGGUUGUGCAGUUUGUUUCAGUGUUUAAAGUUGCUUACAGUAAUGACGGAGAGUUGUGGAGUACAGUGAAGGACGAGAAGACCGGCAACGACCAGCUUUUCCAAGGAAACAUUGACAACAACGCACAUAAGAAGAACGUGUUUGAGCCGCCGUUCUUCGCCCGAUACGUGCGAGUGCUCCCCUGGGAGUGGCACGAGCGCAUCACUCUGCGCAUGGAGCUGCUGGGCUGCGAUGACUAGAAACACACCAGAGAUCAUCUGUCUGUGCUUCACCCUGGUUCACCCGCUCCUCCUCCUCCUCCUCAGACGGGCAUUUGGAGCGGGUCCUGAACAGAGUCGCUUUUCACCUCCACGGAGAUGCUUUGAAUUCCUGAAGAUCCUGGACUUUAACACUAGUAGCACUUUCUGACUAGUAUUUUUUUCUAUGUCUUUGUUAAUACAUUUGUUUGACAUUGCAGCUUUUCAUUGCACAGACUCCACCAUUCAGGACCCACACUUUUAGUAGCUUUUAAUCAAUAAACAUUACACAGAUGUUCUUGUCUGUAUUUAUCAGUCCCAAUCUUUCAUGUUGUUUUAACACUGUUUCCUAACCUCUGUUUCAUUCGGCCAAGCACUCUCUCAAACUGGCAUCAUGAUUCAGGGCUUGUGCAAUACAUGCCAUAUUUUGAUACUUCCGGCUGUCUGUAUGGAUAAAGUUUGUCACUGAGUUUGUCAACUUUCAGUUUAAAACCCACUGACUCAGUUCAAUAAAAUACACCCAUUUAGAUUUUUUUUUUUUUUUUUUUUUUUACACUUUUUCUUCUUCAUUCUUGGAUCUACUUUGAGGACUCUUUAAUUCUUUUUACACAUGUGAAAUGUUUAGAAAUUUGUGCAGAAAAUACACACUGUUUUACAUUUGCUUUUGUUUUUUUAAUUAAUCCCUUAUCUUGUACUGCGAUAAUAAACCAUUAAAU